CAGAGACAGCAGUAAGCGGCGGACCGCAGGCCCUCACCGGCCACUGACGCAAGGCCAGGCGGCGCGAAGGCCGGAGGCGCCCGUGGUCUGGGGGCAGUGCAGCGCCAGAGCCUGCCCCGGACACCCCCACACCCCGUGGUAGCAGCCGGGACCCAAACAAAGGCGGGCGGCGAAUAAAAGGCGGUGGCGGCGCUGAGUGCUUGGGUUGCGCGCUGGGGACCAGGAUCAGCACCAGGCUGUGCGCGGUCUGUGCUCUCUGGAGUGGAGCGGGGAACCCCGGCCUCCUGCAGCCCUGAAGAGCUUCUCACUGAGACUUCCGCGAGGGGACAAGUCCUCCCGGCGGGGUGGCCGCAGCCCCCAGCCCCUCCCGUGCACCUUCUUCCAGCGCCCGCGGCUCAGCCAGCUCAGCUUGGCCAGCCGAGGCUAUGGACUCGGAGGAUGACCCUUUGCUGCAGGAUGUGUGGCCAGAGGAGGAGCAGGAAGAGGAGGAGGAAGCAACAGAUGAGGCCUUGAGGAGGGCCCAGAAGGCAGGGCCGCAAGCUGGGGGAGCAGGACAGUGUUGCUGGAGGCGUUGGACCUUGCCUUCCCGGCCCCCGGCCUCGGGCUUCUGGAGUACCCUGGGCUGGGCUUUCACAAACCCGUGCUGUGCGGGGCUGGUGCUCUUCCUGGGCUGCAGCAUCCCCAUGGCCCUGUCAGCCUUCAUGUUCCUCUACUACCCGCCGCUGGACAUUGACAUCUCCUACAACGCCUUUGAGAUCCGCAACCACGAGGCCUCCCAGCGCUUUGACGCCCUCGCGCUGGCGCUCAAGUCCCAGUUUGGGUCCUGGGGGCGCAACCGGCGCGACUUGGCCGACUUCACUUCUGAGACGCUCCAGCGCCUUAUCUCAGAGCAGUUGCAGCAGCUGCAUCUGGGAAACCUAUCCCGGCCGGCCCCCAGGCCCCCACGGGCAGUCUUUGAGGCCCCAAGGCGCCGCCGCCCAGGCCAGUCUCCCGACACUUCUGCGGACCAGAAGCCAGAAGCCAAUCGGAGUGGGCGUCUUCGGCGCGAGGCCCCACCCCCGGCGGAUCUGGCAGCCAACCAGAGUGAAGGCCCAAUGAACCAGAGGCUGGAGAAGAAUGGGCAGUGCCAACCCAGUGCCCCGCCCCCUGCUGUGGCUGCGGCCAAUCAGAGCCGAGCCCGCCGAGGGGCCUCACGCUGGGACUACUCCCGCUCCUAUGUGAGUGCCAACACCCAGACGCAUGCGCACUGGCGCAUCGAGCUCAUUUUCCUGGCCCGCGGCGACGCGGAGCGAAACAUUUUCACCAGUGAGCGGCUGGUCACAAUCCACGAGAUUGAGCGCAAGAUCAUGGACCACCCGGGCUUCCGGGAGUUCUGCUGGAAGCCCCACGAGGUGCUCAAAGACCUCCCACUAGGGUCCUACUCCUACUGCUCCCCACCCAGCUCGCUCAUGACCUAUUUCUUCCCCACCGAGAGAGGCGGCAAGAUCUACUAUGAUGGCAUGGGCCAGGACUUGGCUGACAUCCGGGGCUCCCUAGAGCUGGCCAUGACUCACCCUGAGUUCUACUGGUAUGUGGACGAGGGCCUCUCCGCAGAAAACCUCAAGAGCUCCCUCCUGCGCAGCGAGAUCCUGUUUGGAGCACCCCUGCCCAACUACUACUCGGUGGACGAUCGCUGGGAGGAGCAGCGGGCCAAGUUUCAGAGCUUUGUGGUCACCUACGUGGCCAUGCUGGCCAAGCAGUCUACUAGCAAAGUCCAGGUUCUAUACGGGGGGACGGACCUCUUUGAUUAUGAGGUGCGCAGGACCUUCAACAAUGACAUGCUCCUGGCCUUCAUCAGCAGCAGCUGCAUCGCAGCCCUCGUCUACAUUCUCACCUCCUGCUCUGUGUUCCUGUCUUUUUUCGGGAUUGCCAGCAUUGGCCUCAGCUGCCUGGUGGCACUCUUCCUGUACCAUGUGGUCUUCGGCAUCCAGUACCUGGGCAUCCUCAAUGGGGUGGCUGCCUUCGUGAUAGUGGGCAUCGGUGUGGACGACGUCUUUGUGUUCGUCAACACCUACCGCCAGGCCAGCCACCUGGAGGACCCACAGCUGCGGAUGAUCCACACCAUCCAAACGGCCGGCAAGGCCACGUUCUUCACCUCCCUGACCACGGCUGCUGCCUACGCAGCUAAUGUUUUUUCCCAGAUCCCAGCCGUCCAUGACUUUGGCCUGUUCAUGUCUCUCAUCGUGUCCUGCUGCUGGUUGGCUGUGCUGUUCACCAUGCCGGCUGCCCUGGGCAUCUGGAGCCUUUACAUGGCACCGUUAGAGAGCGCCUGCCAAACCAGCUGCCACCAGAAGUGUGGCCGCAAGAGCUCCCUGCACUUUCCUGGGGACGUUUUCGCCGCCCCGCAGCGGGCUGGGGACAGCCCUGCCCAGGGCCCCAUGCCCUACCUGGACGAUGACAUUCCCUUGCUGAAUGUUGAAGAGGAGCCAGUGUCAUUGGAGCUAGGAGAUGUGGCCCUGGUGUCUGUGCCCACCGAGAGCCUCCAGCCAGCCCCCGACCAGGGCAGCCGUGGCCAGCUUAUUGCCCAGCUACAGGAGCUGCUGCACCACUGGGCGCUGUGGUCUGCUGUGAAGAGCCGCUGGGUGAUCGUGGGGCUCUUCAUCUCUGUCCUCAUCCUGUCCCUGGUCUUCGUCAGCCGGCUCCGCCCCGCCAGCCGGGCCCCCCUGCUCUUCCGGCCCGACACCAACAUCCAGGUGCUACUGGACCUCAAGUACAACCUGAGUGCCGAGGGCAUAUCCUGUAUCACCUGCUCAGGUCUGUUCCAGGAGAAGCCCCACAGCCUGCAGAACAACAUCCGGACGUCUCUGGAGAAGAAGAAGCGGGGCUCGGGGGUUUCCUGGGCCGGCCGGCCUGAGGCCACCCCACAGGACUCCCCAGGCACCGUGUAUGUCUCCAAGGUGAAGAGUAAAGGCCACCCGGCUGUGUACAGGUUCUCCCUCAACGCCAGCCUACCAGCCCCUUGGCAGAUCGUGUCCCCUGGGGACGGGGAGGUGCCUUCCUUCCAGGUGUAUAGAGCGCCUUUGGGUAACUUCACCAAGAAGCUCACCGCUUGUAUGUCUACAGUAGGGCUGCUCCAGCCGGCGAGCCCCUCCCGCAAGUGGAUGGUGACGACCUUGGCCUGCGACACCAAGCGGGGCUGGAAGUUUGACUUCAGCUUCUACGCGGCCGCCAAGGAACAGCAGCACACGCGGAAAGUGUACUUUGCUCAGUCCCACAAGCCUCCUUUCCACGGGCGCGUGUGCGCCGCGCCUCCCGGCUGCCUGCUCAGCUCCAGCCCCGACGGCCCGACCAAAGGCUUCUUCUAUGUGCCCAGUGAGAAAGUGCCCAAGGCCCGCCUCUCGGCCACCUUCGGCUUCAACCCCUGCGUGAACACGGGCUGCGGGAAGCCAGCCGUGCGGCCGCUGGUGGACACAGGGGCCAUGGUCUUCGUGGUCUUUGGCAUUAUUGGCAUCAACCGCACACGGCAGGUGGACAACCACGUCAUCGGAGACCCGGGCAGUGUCGUCUAUGACAGCAGCUUUGAUCUCUUCAAAGAAAUUGGGCACCUGUGUCGCCUCUGCAAGGCCAUCGCGGGGAACUCGGAGCUGGUGAAGCCAGGCGGGGCCCAGUGUCUGCCCUCAGGCUACAGCACCUCGUCCUUCCUGCAGAUGCUGCAUCCUGAGUGCAAGGAGCUACCCGAGCCCAACCUGCUCCCGGGGCAGCUGUCUCACGGGGCGGUGGGCGUCAGGGAGGGCCGGGUGCAGUGGAUCUCCAUGGCCUUCGAGUCGACCACGUACAAGGGCAAGUCCUCCUUCCAGACAUACUCGGACUACCUGCGCUGGGAAAGCUUCCUGCAGCAGCAGCUACAGACCUUCCCCGAGGGCUCAGCCCUGCGCCGAGGAUUCCAGACGUGUGAGCACUGGAAACAGAUCUUCAUGGAGAUCAUAGGGGUACAGAGUGCCCUGUACGGCUUGGCCCUGUCCUUGCUCAUCUGCGUGGCUGCAGUGGCCGUGUUUACCACCCACGUGCUCCUCCUUUUGCCCGUGCUCCUGAGCAUCCUGGGCAUCGUCUGCCUCGUGGUGACCAUCAUGUACUGGAGCGGCUGGGAGAUGGGGGCCGUGGAAGCCAUCUCCCUGUCCAUCCUCGUCGGCUCGUCCGUGGACUACUGCGUCCAUCUGGUGGAGGGCUACUUGCUGGCCGGAGAGAACUUGCCCCCCCACCAGGCUGAGGACGCCCACUCGCAGCGCCAGUGGCGGACCCUGGAGGCCGUGCGGCACGUGGGAGUAGCCAUCGUGUCCAGCGCCCUGACCACGGUCAUCGCCACGGUGCCCCUCUUCUUCUGCAUCAUCGCCCCAUUUGCCAAGUUCGGCAAGAUCGUCGCGCUCAACACGGGGGUGUCCAUCCUCUACACGCUCACGGUCAGCACGGCCCUGCUCGGCAUCAUGGCACCCGGCUCCUUCACCCGGACCAGGACUUCCUUCCUCAAAGCCCUGGGCGCCGUGCUCCUGGCAGGGGCCCUGGGACUGGCUGCCUGCCUCGUGCUCCUCCGGAGCGGCUAUAAGAUCCCCCUGCCCGCCGGGGCCUCCCUAUAGCCCUGGCACUUGGGUCCUGACCAGCGCACCUUUUGUCCGGCGGGUGUGGAACGAGGUACUUGUUCUGACCCCAGAGGCACGUUAUUUCCCGGCUCGGCUCUAACUAGUUCUGUUCCCAGGCCUGGGCUGAGAAAGGCACCCCAUCGCUCAGUGUGGGAGUGGACGCCUGCCCGCGUGGCCCGCCCUGCCUUCAUGACGGCACCCGGCCAGAGCUGGGUGGGAAGCCGGCCGCCACCCCCCUCGUGCUGGGCGGCCAGCAGCUGUGUCAGGUACCCCCUGACAGCCCAAGAGCCCAGCCCCGCUCCGUGCCGGCUCACCACAGGGACCUCCCCCUUGUACUGCCUCAGUGCUGACGACAGCUCUCCCACGGGGCUGUUACAGGGCCUCCAUUCUACAGAUGUGAACACUGAGGCUCCAGGAGACAAAUUGGUUGACAUGUAGAAGGCUCGGUGGCAGAGCCCAACUGCCUCCUGAGCCCUGUGCCUUGGUCGGAGAAUUUGCAGGAAGAGCACAGUGGGUUCAAGGGCAGGGGCCUUGCACCCCUCUCCCCCUUCUUCCCCUCCCCCCCAGCUUCGUGGAGGCCAACGCCGGGUGGUCCUGUGGUCCCUCCCAGGCCUUUUGGUCCUGGCCAGAGAGCACAAGAGACUGGCCUGGGUUCUGCAUGUCCUACCCCUGGCCCGGCCUCAAGGGGCUCCUUCUCCCCAGGGGUGCUGUGGGGCCCCCAACACAGCCUUCCUCACUGAUCCAAGCCCCCACCUCCCCGACUCGACUCUGGGGGUUGGAAUUGGGGGAGGCAGUCCCUGGGUCGGGGGCUGGCUGUGCCUGCCACCAGCUCACAGCAGAUGGUUCCUAUUCAAGUGAAAUGGCACUGCGGACGGCCGUCAUUAACACGAGCGUCGUAAACCUCACGGGCUGUGCGUUCUUCCCGUUGUAGUAACGAGUGCUCACAGGCUGCGCGGCCAGAGCCCAGCAUGGGGGUGGGGGUGGGGGCUGGAGGGAGAUGGAGGUGGGUGGAGGGUGCCAGACUCCCCAGGGACCGAGGCCCCACAGUGCUCUGCGGGCCCAGGUUGAGGUUGGGGGCCUCAGUAGCACUGUGGGAAUGGGGCUCCGUAGAUGAACCUUCUUCUUUUUUUUUUUUUUUUUUUUGAAGAUUUCGUUUAUUUAUUAGACAGAAAUCACAGGCAGAGAGGGGGGCCAGGCUUCCUGCUGAGCAGAGAGACCGAUGCAGGGCUCGAUCCCAGGAUGCUGGGAUCAUGACCUGAGCCAAAGGCAGACGCUUAACCCACUGAGCCAUUCAGGUGCCCCAGUGAACCUUCUUUUAAGGAGCUUGUCUGGCUUGUCAGUUGGGGCUCUUUUUUUUUAAGAUUUUAUUUAUUUGAGAGAGAGGAGUGGGGGAAGGGGCAGCGGGAGAAGCAGGCUCCCCACUGUGCAGGGAGCCUGAUGCAGACUCGAUCCCAGGACCCCAGGAUCAUGACCUGAGCCAAAGGCAGACACUUAAAUGACUAAGCCACCCAGGCACCCCAGCUGGGGCAUUUCGGGGCACUUCUGGUGUGCCAGGCACUGUCCUUCCUUGGGGCACAUGUUGCCCCGUGAGUGUUAGGAAGCCGGACACAAACAGCUGGAACUGAGCCCUGAGUCCUGAGUGACCUUCGGGUUAGCUCAUCUGGUCAUCUGGAAAUAUUAUCUGGGGGCUGCAUCUACAAGGCAGAGGUGUAACAACGUGUCCCCACCCAGUGCCUGCCUGGGACCAAGUGGGGACUCAGUAUUUGGGGAAUAGCCGACUUUGGAGCCACCAUCUAUGGUGAAGCCAGACCCCAAGUAAUUCAUGGUUCUACUUACUGUGCCAGAUGUUCUCAGGAUUUGUACCUGUCCGCUGGGGCUGCCAGAACUAAAAUGCCACCACUGGGGAGGGUGGGGGGCUGCUUAAACAACAGAUUUAUUCUCUCCGUUCUGGAAGCUGGACGUCCAAACUCAAGGUGUUGGCUGGGUGGUUCCUCCUGGAGGUUCCGAAGGAGAAUCAGUUCCAGGCAUUUCUCUUGGUUCCUGCUGGUUGUGGGCAGUUCUUGGAGUUUCUGGGCUUGUGGAAACACGUUACUUUCAUCUCUGCCUCCAUCUUCACGUGGCCAUCUUUUCUCUGUGAUGUUCACGUCCCCUUCCCUCUACAAGAACUGGUGGUAUCAGGUCAGGGUCUACCUCAGUGGCUCCACUCGAUCACCUGCAAAGACCCUGUCUCCUAGUAAGCUCACAUUCAUGGGUACCAGGGUUAGGACCUCACUGUAUCUCUGGGGGGACACAUUUCAGCCCUGAACCAGUAGGGGUCAACAUGUGUCAGCUCAUUUCAUGAGCCCUACCGAGCGUAUGCUAUCAUACCCAUUUUAGAGAUGGGGAAGCCAAGGCUCUCUAAGAGAUUGACUUGGCUGGGUCACACAGCUGGUAGCGGUGGAGCCAGAUUUUGACCCUAGACAAUCUGCCCUAAGGUGUACUCAGCCUUUAAAGGUAUACGACCUCGGGGAGAAUUGUAGCAAAGCCUGACGAUGGGAACCUUCAAGGAAGGUUGGUGGUCAAAUCAAGAGGCCUGUUCUUAGAAAAGCUGGGUGGGAUGGAAACCCUUGAAUGUGUAUAAUACUUCACCCUUAAGUACUCUCCCAUCAACCUUCGGUGAAACCCGAGCCCUCGGAGGCCCAGCAAAGAGCAGAGGAUCGGGCAGGUGGAGCUCGGGACCACACAGCCCUGAAGGGGCUUCUCAGGGGUUCAGGCCGGUGAUCCCAGGGCUCCUUCCAGUGAUUGGUGCUGUGGGAGGAACAGGCAAGCUUGUGGGAGGAGUUCAGGUGGGAAGGGUGACAGGGAGGCAGCUGGCAAGGUGACAAGGCAUCCCAGAGGCUCUCGGGACUGUCCUGGCCAAUAACCUCUCCAACAACCUAGUUUUCAUGGGGAUGCAGAGUCGUUUGCAUCUCAUUUGCACACAGUCCAAAUAAUGCCCGUUUGUAAAGAAUACCCCACUUAGCCCGCUUCCUUUUAAGAAGCUGCUCCACUUCCUUCCCCUUGACCUUUGCUUUCUUCCAGAGUGUUGCGGAGGGUCGUGAGCAGGUAGGCCUUGGUGUCACUGUCACCUCCCCCCAGGUGACUAGGGCUGCCCGGCCCACGUACAACUCUGGUGCCCCUCACAGCUCUCCGCAGAGAGAGCUGCUCCUCUCUCAGAUGAGCUCCCGGGGCCCUGAGAGGGGAAUGCAGCUUUGGGCAGUACCAGGCUGCUGCCCCACCCCGCCCCCUGAGGGUGACAUUCUCAACUUUGGAUCUUAAUUUCCUCAUCAAAACUGACCUGUCCUGGUCCUUCAGGCCCUGCGUCUGUCCAGCUCCUGGGAUGUGAUGUUCUCCCUCCCAGGGGCUGGGGGAAGGACUUGGGUGACUCUUUGGGGCCACACCCUCGGCUGUCUACUUGCCUACAGAUAAAUCCCCCUUUCUCUUGUUUGUGAAUAUUGACACUGAGUCCCAGAAGCACUAACUCCCAUGAGAAGAAACUUGACCUUCCUUUGCUACUGAUGCACAGCUCACGGUCUUAAUGGGCUUUUGCCGAGCGUUAAUGAGAAGCCCUUCAUUAGCUUAGGCACAGCAGUUAGCCUGGGGUCUGCGAGGAGGUGCAGGCAUUCAGCAGGCCAAGGAGGGCCACAGGAUACAAGGGGAGCCCAGGGGAGAGAGACCCCUCUCCCCUCCAAAAGUUCCCCAAGCCCCUGCUUCUCUCCCUCCUUCUCUUGGAGGCCAGGAGGUACGAAUGAGAGCCAGCUUUUUUGGAGCACCUGCUGUGUCCUGGGUCCUAUCCAUGCAUUUUUGGGAAUCCUCGCUGCAUUCCUCAGAAGGGAAUGUUUCUGUUUCUAUCACUGCUAAGGGAAAUUGAGGCUCAGAGACACGAAGUAACUGGCCUGAGCUCACACAGCUUGCGAAAGUUAGAGCCAGGCUUCCCAUCCAGGGCUGUUGACUCCUGGGUACAUGCUCUGUGUCCCCUACAGCCUCCCAGCAUGCACCACAUUUGACUCCAGGGACAGCUGGCCAGCUUCCAACAGCUGCUUGCCCACCUGUGUGCUGCCCUAAGAGAAGGGAGCACCCGAUCUGGAGUUGAGAGUCCAGUGUCCAAGUCUUAGCUCCAGCCCUACCCAGGUGACCUUGAACAAGCCACUGAACAUUUAUUUAAUCUGGGAAAUGGGGCAGGGAACAGAAUGACACCCAGAGCUCUGAUCUGUUCUCUGCUAUGCUGGCAGAAUUGGAGUCUCCUGAAAUCAAGCUGCCCUGUGCCCACCACCGGGGACCGUCCCCUGAGUCUUGUUCUCAUUGUUGUUCACAUCUCAUAAGCAGAAGAAUCCGCAUUGCAGCUGUGCGUCCAUGUGUUCCACAACUUGGUUACUGAGCACCUACUAUGUGCCAGGCAUCGUUCCAGGCCUCAGUGAUACAGGGAAUGCAAACACAGACCCAGACCCCGAUCUCAUUGACCUUACUGUUGAGGUGGGGAAAAGAACUUUCAUAGAAGAACCCCUCAAACAUAAAAACACAAACCCGAGGGCAGUGAGGGAGAGGAGUGAGGCAGAGGGGCACAAAGCCAUGAAGUCGGGGCUGGCAGAGGGGUCCCUGGAGAAGGAUGAGGACCACUUUCCUUGCCUCUGGGGCGCUGAUCCCACCAGACACAGGCCUUCUGGAGCCAAAAGGACAGCUUACUGCAGGCUGAUGUGAAGGCAUAAAAGAAGGGAUUCAUUGGACCUUAGAGGGACUAAGGCCAGAGCCUUCUUGGGGCACCAGACACAAAAGGGACAACACACUGGCCCAGGAGAGAACAUCUGGUUCAAAGGGACACACACAACCCACCAGCUGAAUCGAAAGAGAGCCGAGCAAAGCACAUGGAGUGUCCUGUGCACAGGGCUCUCCGGCCAGUCUCCCUUCCUACAGAGAAAGUUGCUCAGGAAGAACCAAAUCUCCUUUGGCUCUUGAGGCCUCUAGAGGAGUUCGGGGUGGUAGUCACACCCAUUUCAGCAGGCUAAAUACCAUUGCCUUUGGCAUCCAAGGCCCAGUGGAGUCCUGUGAAAUGCUGGCCGCUCUGAACAGAUGUACAACAGGAGCCCAGCCUCUGGGGGCCACGGGUCCCUAGGGGUCAGGCUGGCAUGGGGCCUGAUGUCCUUUCUCGGCUCCGCUCUCUAAGGCUGCCUGGAUUUGCCUUAGAGAUGAGGUCUGCGUCCUGAGACCAGGAGGGUAGAGUGCGCUCCCAGCCACAGAGAGGCGCUCAGCCCCCCACACCACAGCUCCCACAGAGGAGCUCCAGGGGGGCUUCCUCCAGGUCCCUCACCCUCCUCCCGGCCUUGACGGUUUCCUCCUUGGUUUCCCCACCUUUGAUCCGUCUCUCAUACAAACCCAUUCUUCCCUCUUCUGGUCACUGCACUUUAAUCUUUUUUCUUUGAGGCUCUCUCCCUGUCCCAGACCUGUGGUGCAGGUGAAGUUGAGGCCACCCUCCCUCACAUACCCUCCCCCAGUUUCCCCCUUACAUUACCCCCCAACCAGGUGUGCAUGGCAUGUAACCCAGGCCUGGCCAAUCAGUGCAUUCCAUCUUCUGGUCACAGUGAUAGGUUGAGGGAUGGACUGACCCAAGCCAGUUCAAUGAAUGUCUUCCUGCGGACUUGCUGGAAUUAUGGCAAAGGUAGACUCUCCUCUGACCAAUAUUUCUAGGUGUGGGAGGAAAGUCUGGAGCCUACCUAGGAGUUAGGCCAAAACAGAGGAAAGAGACCAAAGGGUAAAAGUCAAAUUUCGGAUAAUAUCACUUAAGCCCCUGGAUCCACCCCUGCCUGAAGCUAAAUGUGCCUAGCUUUCUUUCUUAAGCCAAUAAAUCCCCUUUUCCUUAAGUCACUUUGAGUAAUGUUCUCUUUCACUUUAAAUCAAGAGUCGUAACUAAAGAGUCUCCUCCAAAGGCUUCAAGUAUUUCUACCAUUUACUGGUUUAAGCCCCAACUCUUACACAAGACAUUCAAGGUCCAUCAUGAUCUGGCCUCAACCCUGGCAUCAGGCUCAUCUCCUUCAAGGUCCUCCAGCCAUCCAAGACAUUCUGCCCCAGACAUUUCCCCAUCUCCAUUCUGGACUAUGCACCCAUGUCUCCCUCUCUUUUCCCCAUUAACGCUUGUCAGACUCUGACCUGUCUCUCAAGCCUCAGUUCAGAUGCUACCUUCUCCACGAAGGCUUCCUCUUCUCUCUCCUGGCUCCUUGUUGGAACACCAAGCUCCAUGCUAUCAUGAGUUGUGUCCACAUCUACCUUUCUGGCUGACAAUAAGCCCUUGAGAAAGGAAAAAGCUGAGCCCACCACCAGGACUGCCCAAGGAAGCUAGACUCUAUCCCAAGGAAAUGGGAAUAAAAUGAAGGGUUUCUUUAAGCAGGAGACCAUUUGGGGUUUAUCCAGUUGAUAAAAUUCUAAACGUUUGAUAACACCCUCUGUUGGCAAGGCUAUAGGGAGACAGGUUCUCUUACGCAUUGCUGGUAAAAGUGUAAACAGCCAUUAUGAAGGGUAAUUCGGCAAUAACUCUCAAAAUCACAGCUGCACGAUCCUUUUGAUUCGGCAAACCCACUUCUGAGAAUUUAUCCCCAAGAUAAACUUACACCGGUCAAAUGUAGAAAUUAAUCACUGAAAACUUGUCUGGUAUAGCAAAGGACUGGGGGUUUCUAAAUGUCCAUCAGCACAGGAACCAAUGAAAUAAAGUUGUCUCUUCAGACAAUAGGAUACUCUGUAGCUAUAAAGAAAGAACAAGGAAGCUAAGUGCUAGCAUGUGAAACAUCACCCAGCUGUCAAAUAGGGCAACGUUGCAAAACAGUGUGUAAAAUGUGCUAGUUUAUGUUUUUAAAAAGGGGGGCAGGUGAGAGGAUAUGUACUCAUUUUUGCUUGUGUAUGCAUCUGAAGGAAGCACGAGAAAAGCUAAAACACUGGUUACCUGUGGGUAUGGCGUCGGGGGCUGGUACCAGGCAUAUGGCAGACAACAACUGAAGGAAGAUUUUUUAUAAAUCUUCUCACAUUCUGGAGUCUUUUGACUGCAGGAAUGUAGUACCUAGAUGAU